AUGGCAAGAGGUAGAAACCGAAUAUAUUUUGCAAUUGCUUUUGCCAUUUCCUCCAUCCCAGCAUUAGUCGCCAUUUAUGCCUUCAAGCAUCAACUUACUGUCCUUAGUUCUUUCUUGUUUGCUUUAUCUAUCAUCAGUAUGGGUAUAUCAACCUUUAUUUUCUUAAGCUACAAGACAGUAAAACAUGGUACACCACUGGUAUUAUCAACCUUAGCUAAUAUCAGUCAAUCCUUAGCACCAAUGGCUCGGUUCUUAUCGAAGACAAUCAUUCUAGGGCCCUUAUUUUCGUUGAUCAUCAGAAUUGGAUUCUUUUUAAGCUUUGUCAUAUUAUUAAUGAGCGAUCAAUUGAUACGUAUUGUAUUUGGACUCUUUAUUGGUAGACAUCCCUCAAAAAGAACCUAUUCUAUCACCUGCGCUAUGGAUCCCCGUAUUGAAUUUUUUGAUGACACUAUCCCGAGAACAAGACAUUUAGAAAACAGUGAACUAUUCAAGCAACGUAAACAAAUAAGAAUGAAGGAAGAGAACGGGAUGUCAGGUGCAUUAACAUCACUUAUGAAAAGACCUAAAUAUUCGGUUCCUUUAGCCUAUACCCUUUCCGUAGCAAGCAAGCUUGUUUAUGAAGAUGUUGAAGUGAUUAAAUAUGAACUAAAGAAAGCUGGAUUUGACGUUGAAAACACAUUUCGACCCAUUGCGUAUAAGAAUAUAUGUGCAUUCAUUGCAGAAAAAGAAGAUGAUAUUCUACUUGUAUUUAGAGGAACAAAUCCAUUAAAUAUUCAAAACUAUUUAACAAACAUUACCAUGAGCAUGGCAUCAGUAAAAUCAAGUUGGGGUCCUAUGGGCAGAGUUCACAAAGGCUUCUGGAAAGCCAUGGGUGAACCUAUGACCAAGAAAACAUCAUCUGUUCUGAAAAAACGAAAAUCGUUAUCAUCAACUGAUAUUGCCACCAACAAUAAAAUAGGACAAGAAGGACCUAUCUUACGUAUUGAGCUCACAAACACAUCCAUCUAUCGUACCAUUAUGUCUACUAUUCAAGCAAUAGUUAAAAUUCUCAAGUUUUUAACGACUAACUUGUUUUAUCACGUUAAAGAGCCGAUCGAUCAUAGUUGGGUAGGUCCCGAUACAGACAUUCGAACGAAUAGUAUGUAUGCAUUGGCUGAAGAGCAUAUUUUGAAUUUAAUCCACUUGUAUGAAGAUAACAAUAACAACAAGAGGAAUAAAAGAAGAAUGUCAGGAUUAUUAUCACAAGAGAAAGCAGACAAACCGAAAAAAAAACGUUUAUUUAUUACAGGGCAUUCAUUAGGUGGUGCACUCGGAACAAUUUUUUUAGCAAAAAUGCUACAAACCAAAAGCCCCCUUUUGGAUUAUUUUGCAGGUCUUUAUACAUAUGGACAGCCUAAAAUUGGAGAUGCAGAGUUCUCAAAGGUAUUCAGUCCGCAUAUGACAAGUAAAAUAUUUCAUCAUGUUUAUAAUAAUGAUGUUGUUCCUCGUCUCCUUAACUUUUGGGAUUACUAUACUCCACCUGGAUCACUCGUAUAUAUUGAUUCCGCUUUUAAUAUAACUAUUUACCCGCCUAACCCUUACACAAAUGAGCCUGUCCCUGUCCGACCUAUUUCUUUUUUACAUUUAUCAGGUUUGUUAAAUCGCUAUGUUAUUCGUAGACUACCUAGAGAAAAUAGAAUCCGUAUUCUAUUUCGUAUCUUGUUUCCCUUCUUCUUGAAUGAUCAUUUUCCUUGCGAUUAUAGCGAAAGUCUAAGGCAUGGGCAAGUACAAUGGGUUAUUAUGGGAGCAGAUGGACUCGAAGGAGGUAGUGAAGAACAACAGCAAAAUAUGACCAAGUAUAAAAGACGUUAUAGCAUUAUUAAUGUUCAUGAUUAG